AUGGAGGGCCCUUUGCGUGAGCUGAUGCCUCUUCACGAGGCUACCCGCGAAAACGACAUCAUUCUUCUCAACCAUCUUCUGAAGCAGCCCCAGAUUCGAACUAAACUAACCCGCUGGUUUGGGGAACAGUGCUUGAAAGUGGCAAUCGCGGACGGCUAUGUUGAGAUCGUCAGAGCCUUGAUGACACUUCCUUCUUCAGUAUUCGAUUUUACAGACGUUCACGAUGCAGAGGGAGCUGCGUCCUACUUGAUAAGGACUGCCUUCUUCGGACAAUAUGCCGUCUUCAAGGUCAUCGCUGAGACUGGCAAAGUCAACCUGAGCGGCCGUGAUGAGAAUGGUGCCACUCCUCUUCACUGGGCCAGCGAAGCAGGCUCUCUCUCUAUUGUCGACUAUUUACUCGCAGGAGGGCAUCAACCCUGA